UGAGACCGCCACAAGAGGAAUUUGCUAGGAAGCCACCAUUGCAAUUUGCAGUCGUAAUCGGUUUGUGAUUGCCAGCGGUAUAACCUCCCUUCUCAAAACGUUUUCGUCCAGCUGUGACUUCGCCGUCUCUGCCUAUUUAAACCCCAUCCUCCUUCUUGUUCCCACACCACCCUUCCACACUUCAUCAUAAAUUGAAUCUUUCAAAUCUUUCUUCCACUGCAAAUAAAUCCCGCUAAAAAUGGCUGUUUUAGGUUCUGAGAAGAUUGUCAUUCACUUUCUGUUAAUAUGUAUGGCGGCAUUGUCCACAGUGGAUUCUGCCGCUCGGCCCCUUUUUCACUGGAGAAAGCUUUUUGCUCUGGUAGAAGAGGAGCCUCUUGUUCUGCAAUACCACAACGGGUCUCUGCUUACCACAACGCCCAUUCUCAAUCUCCAUCUCAUCUGGUACGGCAAUUUCACUUCCGCGCAGCGCGCCAUUGUGGCCGAUUUCGUGCAGUCAUUGGGAAUGGAAAGCGGCAAGCAGGGCUCUCCCUCUGUUUUCACCUGGUGGAAAACAAUAGAGGCCUACAGAGGCUCUGCCCCUUCCCAGAUUAACCAAGGUCAGCCUUUGAUCCGAAGGCUGGGGAAGCAGAAGCUGGACGAAGCUCAUUCUCUCGGAAAGUCCUUGAAAAGAAGUGACAUUGCCGUCCUGGUGAAGAGUGCUAUCCAGUACGGAGCUCUGCCUCCGCCUGAGAAGAAGAAAAGCAAUGGCGAGGUGGAGUUGUAUUUGGUGCUUACAUCUGAGGAUGUUAUGGUGGAGAACUUCUGCAGUAGCUCGUGCGGAUUCCAUGGAAGCGACAUAGCAGACAUUGAAUACGCGUAUGCGUGGGUUGGGAACUCGGCAACGCAGUGCCCGGGGCAGUGCGCAUGGCCAUUUCAUCAGCCAAUCUAUGGCCCGCAGAGCCCUCCUCUGCUGCCCCCCAAUGGUGAUGUGGGCAUUGACGGUGUGAUCAUCAACAUUGCGGCGACGAUUGCGGGAGCAGUGACGAAUCCGUUUAAGUCAGGAUACUUUCAGGGAGACGCCGCUGCUCCGUUGGAGGCAGUCUCGGCGUGUCCGGGCAUGUAUGGAAGCGGGGCUUAUCCCGGUUACGCUGGGCAACUGCUGGUCGACGAGACGACAGGUGCCAGUUACAACGCCUAUGGGGUCAACGGCCGCACGUUCCUUCUCCCAGCAAUGUGGGACCCCACCUCACGCUCUUGCAAGACCUUAGUGUAAACACUUCUUCGCACAAGUUGUUGAGUACUUCGAGUAUAGCUGUCACAAUUCUUUAUUCAUUUAUCUUUUAAUUAUUCUUUAUUUAUAUUAAUAUAAAUGACAAGUCUUCAAAACA